AUGGCUGACUUCGAGGAUACAAGCGGUGGUUAUGAUGGUACGAUGACUUCACGUGUUUCGCUGUUCAACCUGGCUGACUUCACAUCAGAGGGACGAGGCUACGAGCGACGCGAUCGUUCGGCAUCUCCUCGAGGUGAGCGUGAUGAUCGACCCCGAGAUCGAUCACCCAAUGGUCGUGCUCCUCCACCUCCCCCAAGCGACACUAGAAUGGAAGAAGAGGAAGAAAAGGCUGCAGUCAACACAGGCACAAAUCUUUUCGUGACUGGCAUUCAUCCUAGACUCAGUGAGCAGGAUGUAACUGCUCUGUUCGACAAGUAUGGUGAGGUUGAGAGCUGCUCGAUCAUGUUGGAUCCACACACCAAGGAGUCUCGUGGCUUUGGAUUCGUCAAGAUGGUUCUUCCUGACCAAGCCGAUGCCGCGAAAGAAGGUCUUCAAGGCGCUCAAAUCGAAGGUCGAACUCUGAGCAUCGAGAAGGCGCGUCGUGGCAAACCUAGAUCGCCUACUCCAGGCAAAUACUUCGGUCCUCCAAAGCGAGGAGACUUUGGUGGCAGCGGUGGUAGACGAGGCCCACCUGGCGGUGGCUACCGAGAUCGUUACGAUGAUCGACGAGGUGGCUACGGUGGUCGACGUGAUGAAGGUCGCGGUCCUCCUCGAGGUGGUGACUACGACGGCUACGAUCGACGAGGCUACGGUGGUGGUGGCUAUGGCGGCCGACGCGAAAGAGGAGACGACAACUACAGUGGUGGUGGCGGCCGAAUUGACCGAUACGAAAGCAGCAGCAGACGCGACGACUAUGGCGCAGGACGUGAUCGACGAGGAGGCGGUUACUACGAACGACGAGAGGACCGCGAUCGAAGCUACGGUGGUGGCGCACCACCUGCACGAGACGAGGCUCCGCGAGAGUCUUACGGGGGUGGCCGCGACUAUGCUGCUCCUCGCGAAGAUCGAUAUGCCGGGAGGUAG